AGAGAGCUGAAAGUGAAAGACAGAGACACGACAAGACAUCGCUGUCUGAACCUCUGCAAUGCUUCUAAAUUCACUCACUUCGCUUUUAUAAUCUCUGUGUGUGUCAAAUUUCGGGCUCCGUAAACCGACCCGAAAACCGAAGAAAACCCGACUCUCAUCUGCCCCUUAUUAAUCGUCGGCCCUGCAUUUUCCAUCACUUUCCUGGGGGAAAAAAGGGGGAAGCAGUUGCAGAAGAAAAUGUACUCUGGAAUUCGGUCGUUACAUUUGGAUGGAAAUGUGGGAGGGUCGUUUGAUGCCUGCAACUUGCCCGGCGAUCCUUGUUUGGUCCUAACGACGGAUCCGAAGCCCAGACUCCGAUGGACGGCUGAGCUGCACGAACGCUUCGUCGAUGCCAUUGUUCAACUCGGCGGCCCUGACAAAGCAACUCCAAAGACUAUCAUGAGAACAAUGGGCGUAAAAGGCCUUACCCUCUAUCACUUGAAAUCACAUCUUCAGAAAUACCGUCUGGGGAAGCAAUCUUGCAAGGAAUCGAUCGAUAAUUCUAAGGAUGCUUCUUGUGUGGCAGAAAGUCAGGACACUGGUUCAUCGACAACAUCGUCGAAAAUGAUAGCUCAAGAGUUUAAUGAUGGUUACCAGGUUACCGAAGCUCUUAGAGUACAGAUGGAAGUGCAACGAGGACUACAUGAACAGUUAGAGGUACAACGUCGUCUUCAACUUCGGAUUGAAGCGCAAAGCAAAUACCUAGAGUCAAUACUCGAGAAAGCCUGUAAAGCUCUGAACGAUCAGACGGCCACUUCCGCCAGUCUUGAAGCUGCCAAAGAAGAGCUCUCCGAACUGGCGAUCAAGGUUUCCAACAAUUGUCAAGGGAUGGUCCCUCUCGAUAACAUUUUGCCUUCCUUACCCGAACUUGCUGCGGUUUUAGAGAACAAAGCUACUACCUCGAAUACGCCGGCCCAAGUCGGCGACUGCUCCGUCGAAAGCUGCUUGAAGAAGAGGCAAAGACCCUUGUUUGGUAAUGGUGACCCUUUGCCUUCGGAUGGCAAUUUAAGGGCAGAAAUGGAGUGGGUGAUGCCUAAUAUUAGUUAAUUCAAGGACAUUUCC